CCCCCAUUUUUGCCGAGCAGUUUGUCCUGUACACACACUGCGAAGGCGGUGACCGUUGCAUCACUGGUUGUUAACUCGGUCGUGCAACCUGGAGUAGUUUGUGGUUUCCACUUUUGCCGUUCUACGACGGAGGAUAAACUCGCCUGCUAGGCUACUAGUGUGGUUGCACUUGCACAAGAAGGCAGGGCCAAAAGUACAGGCAGCCCAUGUGUGCUACCGCUGCUGCUGGGCGCUGUCACAGUGUCACUGCUAGUCCGUCCGUCCCCGGCACCGGGCAGCCCGACUGGAAGUGGACCAAGCUAGGGUGCCCCCAUGACAGGCCACCCGGCGCAAAGACAUGCUGCACCUGACAAAGGGGUCCAUCCAUCCAUCAUCCUAUACGGCUACACCCCCAAUUAUUGGCCCCGGGGUCAAUGAGACACGCACGCCGCACAGCACAUAGUUUGCUUGCGUUGCGGUGCAGUGCAGGUCUUGCUCCGCUCUGAUGCAUCUGGCUGGGUUUGGUUGGAGAGGUCGCUUGGGCUGGGGCGGGAGACGGACGUGACAAGGAGAGGCAGCCGCAUCUUUCAUUUCAUAUCCGGAGCCAGAGGGAAGGAACAUUGUAAACUCUAUCCGAGAUGUGUGUGCCUUCUUUGGGCAGACGGCGCUUGGUUUCUGGCCCGGUUUGCCUCCGGUGCGGCUGCAAGGGGCGCCUCAAAUCUCGUCCACCCAGAGCCCUAUCGCCUAAUCAAGAGCCAGAUGCCACUGCCCGCGCCGCGGCCACUAGAAUCUCCCCCGCAAUCUAAAUUACUUGUACCACCGGCCUCCGCUCCCAUAAAUAUAAAUAAUAUUUCGAGCAAGGUCGCCUCCCCUUCCCUCCAUCCUCUCCUCCCUCGUCUCGUCCGCGUCCUUGUCCGUCUCUCUGCUAGCGCUGAAGGGGAAGGCGGCGGCGGAGUAAGUAAGUAAGCAGCGGCGAUGGCGCAGGCGGUGGUGCCGGCGAUGCAGUGCCAGGUGGGCGUGCGGGGCAGGUCGGCCGUCCCGGCGAGGCAGCCCGCGGGCAGGGUGUGGGGCGUCAGGAGGACCGCCCGUGCCACCUCCGGCUUCAAGGUGCUGGCCCUCGGCCCGGAGACCACCGGCGUCAUCCAGAGGAUGCAGCAGCUGCUCGACAUGGACACCACGCCCUUCACCGACAAGAUCAUCGCCGAGUACAUCUGGGUUGGAGGAUCUGGAAUUGACCUCAGAAGCAAAUCAAGGACGAUUUCGAAGCCAGUGGAGGACCCGUCAGAGCUACCCAAAUGGAAUUAUGACGGAUCGAGCACCGGGCAGGCUCCUGGAGAAGACAGUGAAGUCAUUCUAUACCCACAGGCCAUAUUCAAGGACCCAUUCCGAGGAGGCAACAACAUCCUGGUUAUCUGUGACACCUACACGCCACAAGGGGAACCCAUCCCUACUAACAAGCGACACAUGGCUGCACAAAUCUUCAGUGACCCCAAGGUCACUGCACAAGUGCCAUGGUUUGGAAUCGAACAGGAGUACACUCUGAUGCAGAGGGAUGUGAACUGGCCUCUUGGCUGGCCUGUUGGAGGGUACCCUGGCCCCCAGGGUCCAUACUACUGCGCCGUAGGAUCAGACAAGUCAUUUGGCCGUGACAUAUCCGAUGCUCACUACAAGGCCUGCCUUUACGCGGGAAUUGAAAUCAGUGGAACAAACGGGGAGGUCAUGCCUGGUCAGUGGGAGUACCAGGUUGGACCUAGCGUUGGUAUUGAUGCGGGAGACCACAUAUGGGCUUCAAGAUACAUUCUCGAGAGAAUCACGGAGCAAGCUGGUGUGGUGCUCACCCUUGACCCAAAACCAAUCCAGGGUGACUGGAAUGGAGCUGGCUGCCACACAAAUUACAGUACACUGAGCAUGCGCGAAGAUGGAGGUUUCGACGUGAUCAAGAAGGCAAUCCUGAACCUUUCACUUCGCCAUGACUUGCACAUAGCCGCAUAUGGUGAAGGGAACGAGCGGAGGUUGACAGGGCUACACGAGACAGCUAGCAUUUCAGACUUCUCAUGGGGUGUUGCGAACCGUGGCUGCUCUAUUCGUGUGGGCCGAGAGACCGAGGCAAAGGGCAAAGGAUACCUGGAGGACCGUCGCCCGGCGUCGAACAUGGACCCGUACACCGUGACGGCGCUGCUGGCCGAGACCACGAUCCUGUGGGAGCCGACCCUCGAGGCGGAGGCCCUCGCUGCCAAGAAGCUGGCGCUGAAGGUAUGAAGGACCUGAAAAGGCCGAAUUCUUCUGGGGAAAAGAAAAUAAAUCGGCGGUGGCGAGGCUGUUCGUCCGUCGUCCAUUCUUGUUGAUCCUGUGGUUCCGUCGGGGCACUGUCUGUACAAAAUCUUCACGGUUUGUAGAACCGCUCCGCAUGUUUUUUCGCUUGAACUGAGUCCAUUUGAUCUGUUGGGUCUGUACAAUCCCUGUACCUGAGUCCAUUCGGAGAACUACGUUAUUAUAAGGAUAAUGAAUCACACAAAGGAUUUUUCUUUGUGCUGCUUUCAA